UUUCAGUUUGUGGCCUUCACCAAGAUCCUCCUGGACGUCCUCCCCGUCUUCCAGAAACUCAGCCGCUUCUUCCAGAUCGAGGACUUCGACCUCUCCAUCCUGAAGCCCAUCGUCUCCACCACGGCCACCACCCUGCAGGCCCAGAAGAGCACCAGUGGCCAGAACCUCCAGGAGUUCCUCAACGAGAUGAACGAGCACCCACGGGACGACCGGGAGGGCGAGAGCCGCCUCUACUACAAGGGCGUCGAGCUGGCCAACUGCUCCAAGGUGCACCUGAAGCACUUCGAGCGCCUGAAGGAGAGCUACUUGGAGAGCGUGCGGGGCAACCUGCUCGACAGGUUCCCCAGCAGCGUCCUGGAGGCCGUCAGCUCCUUCUCGGCCAUCUUCAACCCCAAGUGCUACCCCCAGUCCUUGGAGGACAUUGGCAGCUAUGGGAUCAGCGAGCUCAAUUUCCUGCUGCAGGCUUACUCCCGGGUGGUGGUGAGCGAGAGGGCGCUGAGCGAUUUCCCCCUCUUCAAGCGGAUCGUCUUCAGCCUCAGCCAGCUCUCCUUCAAGGACCUCUGCGUCAAGCUGGUCUACAGCAACUCCGAGAUGCACGAGCUCUUCCCGGACUUUGCCGUCCUCGCGGCCAUCGCCCUGGCCUUGCCGCUGGGCUCGGUCCUUGCCGAGAAGAUCAGCCGGGGCCGGGAGCUGCUGAAGCGCGGCCGGUUGCACCGCCCCAAGGACGAGGGGCUCUCCGACCUCAUGAAGAUCGUCAUCGACGGACCGGCCAUCAGCGAGUUUGACUUUGCGUUGGCCAUCGAGUACUACGAGAGCAUGAGGGAGUCCGGCUUCAUCGUGGCGCAGGUGAAGUGA